CUUCAACAAAAACAGAAACCCCAUCAACAGCAACUACAUCUGCUGCACCACCAACACCCCCAGCACCUGAAGUUACUACUGCUGUUACUGCUGAAACAUCAUCCACAGGAACACCACCUUCCACAAAAACAGAAACCCCAUCAACAGCAACUACAACUGCUGCACCACCAACACCACCAGCACCUGAAGUUACUACUGCUGUUACUGCUGAAACACCAUCCACAGGAACACCACCUUCCACAAAAACAGAAACUCCAUCAAUUGUUACUACAACUGCUGCCCCACCAACACCAACAGCUCCUGAAGUUACUACUGCUGUUACUGCUGAAACACCAUCUACAGGAACACCACCUUCAACAAAAACAGAAACCCCAAUAAUUGCUACUACAACUGCUGCACCACCAACACCAACGGCUCCUGAAGUUACCACUGCUGUUACUGCUGAAACACCAUCUACAGAAAUGUCACUUCACACACCAACAGAAACUCCAUCAACCGUUACUACAACUGCUGCACCACCCACACCAACAGCUCCUGAAGUUACUACUGCUGUUACUGCUGAAACACCAUCUACAGGAACACCACCUUCAACAAAAACAGAAACCCCAUCAACAGCAACUACAACUGCUGCACCACCAACACCAACGGCUCCUGAAGUUACCACUGCUGUUACUGCUGAAACACCAUCUACAGGAACACCACCUUCCACAAAAACAGAAACCCCAUCAAUCGCUACUACAACUGCUGCACCACCAACACCAACGGCUCCUGAAGUUACCACUGCUGUUACUGCUAAAACACCAUCUACAGGAACACCUCCUCCCACAAAAACAGAAACCCCAUCAACUGCAACUACAACUGCUGCACCACCCACACCAACAGCUACUGAAGUUACUACUGCUGUUACUGCUGAAACACCAUCCACAGGAACACCACCUUCCACAACAACAGAAACCCCAUCAAUCGCUACUUCAACUGCUGCACCACCAACACCAACAUCUCCUGAAGUUACUACUGCUGUUACUGCUGAAACACCAUCUACAGGAACACCACCUUCAACAAAAACAGAAACCCCAUCAACAGCAACUACAACUGCUGCACCACCCACACCAACAGCUACUGAAGUUACUACUGCUGUUACUGCUGAAACACCAUCCACAGGAACACCACCUUCAACAAAAACAGAAACCCCAUCAACAGCAACUACAACUGCUGCACCACCAACACCACCAGCACCUGAAGUUACUACUGCUGUUACUGCUGAAACACCAUCCACAGGAACACCACCUUCCACAAAAACAGAAACCCCAUCAAUUGCUACUACAACUGCUGCACCACCAACACCAACAUCUCCUGAAGUUACCACUGCUGUUACUGCUGAAACACCAUCCACAGGAACACCACCUUCCACAACAACAGAAACUCCAUCAACCGUUACUACAACUGCUGCACCACCAACCCCAACAGCUCCUGAAGUUACUACUGCUGUUACACCAUCUACAGAAAUGCCACUUCACACAACAGAAAGUCCAUCAACCGUUACUACAACUGCUGCACCACCAACACCAACUGCUCCUAAAGUUACCACUGCUGUUACUGCUGAAUCACCAUCUACAGAAAUGCCACCUCCUACAACAGCAGAAACACCAUUAACAGCUACUACAAUUGUCAGUGCAUCGAGACCAACAGCACCACAAAUAUCUACUACUGCUGUUACUGCUGAAACACCAUCUAGAGGAACACCACCUCCCACAAAAACAGAAACCUCAUCAACUGCAACUACAACUGCUGCACCACCAACACCAACAGCUCCUGAAGUUACUACUGCUGUUACUGCUGAAACACCAUCUACAGAAAUGCCACGUCCUACAACAGCAGAAACACCAUUGACAGCUACUACAAUUGUCAGCCCACCGAUACCAACAGCACCACAAUUGUUUACCUCUGCAGUUACUGAAACACUGUCUACUAGAACACCACCUUCCACAAAAACAGAAACUCCAUCAACAGCUACUACAACUUCUGCACCAACAACACCAACUACUCCUGAAGUUACCACUGCUAAUACCGCUGAAACACCAUUGACAGAAACAACAACCUGUUACUGCACAUUUGCAAAUCAAACAUUUCCACCUGAGUCCGUCAUCUACAAUAAAACAGAUAAAGCGGGUUGGUGCUACUUUGCUUACUGUAACUCCAAUUGUGUUAGUGAAAUAACACAGAAGCCAUGUCCUCAGACUACUACGAUUCCACUUUCAACAGUUCCAAACGACUGUAUCGAUGUCAACAAAAAGAAUGGAGAGUCAUGGAAUGAAGGGUGUACCACUAAAAACUGCAUAAAUGGCAAAGUCACCACAAGCCCUGUACAGUGUGACUCUGCAGAUUCUGACAUACCUACAUGUGCCAAUGGGCUUAAGCCUGAGAAGGUUUAUUAUAAUAAUGGCUGCUGCACUAAGUACGAGUGUUCAUGUCAAUGCAGUGGCUGGGGUGACCCUCAUUACAGUACUUUUGAUGGAACAUAUUAUGUAUUCCAAGGGAUCUGCGACUAUGUGUUGGUCCAAGAAAUCAUUCCAAGAUACAAUAUCAGUGUCCAUGUUAAAAACAAUUAUUGUGAGGCUACAAAUAAAUAUGCUUGCCAAGAUUCUGUGAUUGUGAAGUACAAAGGCUAUGAAAUCAAGCUAGCAAGUAACACUGAACAGAUUCAGGUCUCUGUCAAUGAUGUUGUGAAGGUCCCAACUUUCUUGAAUGAAGACUUCUCCAUUACAACCUCUGGCAUGGCAGUAAUUCUGAACAUCAAAGAAAUCAAAUCUGAGAUUGUAGUCAGUCAUCAAGGCUUUAAGAUCAAUCUACCAUUCUCAUACUUUAAAGGCAAUACAGAAGGACAAUGUGGUGUUUGUGACAAUGAUGCCACAAAUGACUGCCGACGUCCUGAUGGAACAAUUGAUCAGUCAUGUGAGCAAAUGGCAGCAUUGUGGGCAGAUUCUCCAGGAUGUGAAUCUCCAACACCACAUCCUAGCGAACCUAUUCCUACCUGCACAGCACAAGUCUGUGAGGUCAUCAAGAGCGAUUUGUUCAAGAGCUGCCAUGACAUCGUUCCCUAUCAAAGCUACUAUGAGGCAUGUAAAUAUGAUGUGUGCUACAAAAGAAAUGAUACCAUGGCCUGCGCUAGUUUAGAGGCCUAUGCACAGCUAUGUGGUCUAAAGUCUGUCUGUGUGGAUUGGAGAGGCUCAGAUGACCUCAACGGACAGUGUGGAUACAACUGUGGUGAUCACAAGGUCUACCAGGCAUGUGGGCCUAAAGUGGAAAAAACCUGCAGUACAAGAUACAACGAGAUGUUUGCGGACAAUGGCGAUCAAACGUUCAUGGAAGGUUGUUUCUGUCCUGAAAACACAUAUCUACUUAGUUCAACAACCGAUCAAUGUACACCUACUUGUGACUGCAUUGGCCCGGAUGGAUUACCAAGACAGCCUGGAGACUCGUGGGUUGUCAACUGUACAACAUACAAGUGCUCAAGUGAGAGUUUUGGUGUUGUCCAAGAGCCUAUGAACUGUCCAAAAAUAAAGCCCUGUCAUGAAGGAUACAAAAGCGUAAUUGAAAACUGCUGUCCAACCUGUGUCUGUGAUACCAGCCUGUGUCCAAUGAAGUGUGAUGUGGGAUAUGAGCUUUCAGAAGAAAUACCUGAACACCAUUGCUGUCCACACUGUGUGCCGAAAGACGUUUGUGUGCACAAUAACACUGAGUAUCAGCCUGGAGUUAAAAUCCCCACAGAGCCUUGUAUGGAAUGUCACUGUCAUAUGGAUAAGGAUAAAGAUAUGGAUGAAGACAGACAUAGUAAACUACACACUGUGACUUGUGUUAAAAAAGUCUGUACACCUUGCUCUGAGGGCUUUGAGCUUGUGGAACAAGAAGGAGAGUGUUGUGGAACGUGCAAGCAGAAGUCCUGUAUUUAUACAGCGCCAGAUAACACCACUCACACUCUUCAGCCUGGAGAGGUCAAAAGUCAUCACAAAUGUGAGACUCUUACCUGUCGUGAAAUUGAUGGUGUGUUUGUGACAGAGAAGAUCAAACCUAAAUGCCCUGACUUUAAUCCUGAUGACUGUGAGGCUGGAACUGAGAGAUUUGAUGACGACGGAUGUUGCAAGAUCUGCAAGCCAAAGAUCUGCAUUGUUCGUAAAAACACCACACAUGUGAAUGCAAAUGACUGCAAGUCCAUCAGCCCUAUAGAAGUGACGUCCUGCAGUGGUCACUGUGGCACCCAAUCAAUGUAUUCAAUGGAAAACAGCAUCAUGAUGCACAGCUGUUCUUGCUGCAGAGAGGAGAAAUUCGUCACUCGUCAAGUGAAGCUGAAGUGUGCCGAUGGCAGAGAGAUCGUCCACGACUAUGUUUACAUUGAGAGCUGCACAUGCACUCCUACCAAGUGUGGUGAUUAGACAGCAUGAAGACUGAUUUAAAUAAAGCUGACCUUAAUCAAAGCUUUUCCUUUGAUUACUGCUGAUUUGUGAUAAAUUACUUAAGAAAAUAAUACUUGAAGUAAUAAUAAAAGCAAUGUGUGUGUGCAUGUGUGUGUGAUCUAUCAAAACUUCUUCAUGCCUUUUUUCUAGGGAUAUGGCUUUCACUUUAAAUGUUUACUUCUGUUUUUUUCAAGCUUUUUUCUAUGAUGUAAUGACAUUUCUAAAUAUUUGUAAUGGAAUUAGGCGAAUGAUGAACUCAAUAAAGAGGUCAACCAGCAACAAUUUAA